GCUGCGUGAGCGGGGCGCCUUGCGCGCGCAGAUUGCUGAGCUCGAAACCGCGCUGGCCUUGUCCAAGCCAUGCGCUCACAGCCGGACCAGUGAGUCGACCGACUACACGCAGCCCGCAGCAUCCCUCGAGGACCUGGUCCCUGCCUUUGAGCAGUUCGACAUUGGCAUCAAGAUGGGCACGGCUGCGCGCCUGGGCGCCGAGAAGGCAAUCCUCGAUGGUCUGUACGAACCUGCUGCGGAUCCACUGUUCCUGCUGCUCCCCAGCCAGGAUGCCAGCCUUGGUCUCGUCACCUUCUCCCUCCAGAAGCUGGGAUGGCUGCAUUGCGCCAUCAACGCCGACGUGUUCGUCAAGGAGCACGAAGACUUCUGGCACAACGCGCAGCUCGGCGCCAGCAUCACGCGCGAGCAGCGACCAUGGAUUUCCGUCUACUUUUCCGUCCUGGCUGUUGGCAUUCUCUACUCGGACCCCGACGACAUACCAACCGCCGACCACCUCCCGCAACUCGGUGUGACUCUUGCUGACCCCGUCGCUGUUGCCGUCCACACGUCUCAUCUCUGGUAUGAAGCUGCUCUCAAAGAGCUCGAGAGGCAUGGCUUCACCGCCGCGCCGUCGCUUCACGUUGUACAGGCGCUCUCCGUGUUGUCUCUUUGCCAUUCCAACUUUGGCGAACAUCAACGGGAAUGGCUCAUCACUGGAUUCGGCACAAACAUGGCGAGAUUCCUCGACAUGCACAAACUCGGCAAUGAAGCGAAUUGCUCAAAGGCGAUUUGCCAAAGAUCAGAGUGGUCUUCGCCCGUGCAGCGGGAAAUGGGUCGCCGGUUGUGGUGGGCCUGUGUUAUCAGGGACUGGCUUGGAAGCUGGUCUCGCCCGCCAUCCAUCUCCCCAGCAAGCUUCUGCUGCCAAGCUUCUACUGCAAGCAAGCAUGGUGACUACGUCCUGAUUAGCAGCUAUUCAAUGAGUAGCCCCGGUUCUUCUGACUCAGCAAACCUGGAGCCCCCCUCCCCUGCACAUUACCACUCAAUCAUGUGUCGUCUUGCUUACAUAGUGUACCUGUACAUCAAAGCAAACACCCAUCAGACACACUUGAAGUUUUCAAAGGCGAUCGAGGAGAUACAGGCUGUGCAGCGAGAUUUGCCUUUGCACCUAUCACCCAGCUUUCCCGCUACCGAGGACGAUCGGAUAUGGGAGUCGGAACACCCUUGGAUCCCAUUUCAGCGCUACCUGAUUACUUACGUCUUCGAUUUCUUGUUGUUGACAAUCGCCCGGGUGCUGAUUCCGAGAAACCCCGAAGAUGAUGCUGCAAUUUCCAGACAACUCGCUCUUCAAUGCGCGAACCGCAUCUUGAAUCACUAUGCGACACCUGUGCCAAGAAUAUAUAGGCUAGUAUGGGCUGUGUCAGCCGCAACAGUCGCAGCCUCUGUGUAUAUAUCGCUCGACAUGCUUGCUAAUUCUCACGAGUAUCGUGGUGAAUCCAGACUUCGCGUGAUUGCGCUGCUAAGACAGGCUUCUGUAGAGUUGAGAAAGCACGCGGUUGUUGCAGCUCAUGCGGCAAAGGGCUCUGCUGUGCUUCAGGGCUUACUGCCCUUGUUGGAGCAGCACGAUUUUGACCGCCCUCGUAUGUCGUACUCGAUGCAGGAUUUAUUACAGCAGCUCGCAGCAGCUGACAUGGGGGUGCCAUCCGACGCGUCCAUAAUCACCGAUCCUGGGCUCGACGGCCUGGCUCACAUUGGGGACAUCAGAAAUCUCAACAUGCUGACUGAACUGGGAAAUACUCUUGAGGGGACUUAUGGAAUGGGCGACUGGGAUGAAGUAUUCUCACAACUAUGA